UCAUUCCGACCUCAACCGCGAGACAAGCAAGAUGUCGGCGCUAAAACUUCCCGACGAGACGACGCUGCAAAUCUUCUCCCACCUCACGCCUUCGGCCAUCCUCACCGCGGGACGAACAUGCAGCAAAUGGCAUCGACUCUCGCACGACAACUCACUGUGGCAACGACUCAUCCACAAACGUUAUCCGCUCGACGACUCGCUGGGUUCGGACCACGUGGACUGUUGUCGCCUCUCUCCAACCAUACAAGUGUAUCGAUCGAUCGAAGAGGACGUUCCCCGCGUCAGCGUUCAGCGCGUGAAGCUGCGCAACAAGUCGGAGGUUCUCCACGUCGCUUUCAGUCGCAACGGGAGAUUCGUCUGUAGCGCGUCGAAGAGUGGGAGAGUGUGUCUGUUCGAGGUGACGUCGUCGUAUAGGCUAGACUAUUACCAAGAGGUGCUCUGGUGGACGGAAGACGAUGGGGAGGUGAGUGGAGAUUUCUACUGUUUUUACAGCGAGUUCAACGAUGAUGACUCGCUGCUCUUGCUUUGCACCGGCGGGAUACAGCAUGCGCAGUCUUGUGGGAUCUACGUUUACGAUGUAAGUAAUCUACCGACGCUAAAGCUCGUGGGUAGUCUGUCGUUGUCGUCGGAUGUCUACGCGAGCUGGGAGAACGAAAGCGCAUUUCUGUACGGGGAGAUCGACGGGUCGGGCAAAGGCAUCCGGGUUAGAGUGCGCCGCGCUCACGUGAGCGACCACGGAAUCGCUACCAGCGUCGUUCAUCGGUCCGUUUACAUCAUGCAGCGCUCUAAUUCAAUCCCUCGGAAGCGGCCGUUGUAUGUAUGGCACGAAUGCGACGACGCGCUGGAAGGAAAACUCAAAUGCGAUCGCAUGCUCUACAGCAGCGGUGCUUCUUCUUUCUGUCCCUACCAGAUCGGAUGUUGUACUUCCGCUUCGAACGGCGCGCCGUACUCGUCGCUGCAGAGAGAAACGAUCCGAGCAAGCGACAGGGUGGCGACCCAUGUGUACGCGCGCGUAUCCGGGGUACGUCUCUUCUCGACCAAUCAGUUUCUCAAGAUGCGAAUGACCGAGAUGGCGGUCGGCGGCGACUACGAGACGACGAGCGUGCGCAGUUUUGGCGAAGCGGUCGGCGCACUUUAUCACAGCGACCGGCGGGUCGAGGUGGCGAUAAUUCAACUGAAGGCAUCGUGGUUCAUCGUGCCGCGGACGGGAUGUGUCUUUACCUUUCUCGACGUCAACUGCAAAAACUACCUUGCAAGUGGCGACUUCGACAAGACCGUCAAAAUAUGGAACAGAUGCUCAGGAGCGAGGGUGGCCGUUCUGCAAGGCCACGACGACGCCGUCAACGCCGUCGCCUUCAACCCCGUCAACGACCACAUGCUGGUGAGUGCGAGCGGCGACGGCAGUCUACGAGUGUGGCAUUCGAAACGACUCAUCAAAAGUCAGAAAAAAUAAGAACAAGAGAACAAGCAGAAAAGUUGAGUUUUUUGAUUGUUUUAACGUUGACUGCAUGCUCGGUCAUAAUGUCUGCAUGCCCUUUGCUGUCAAGCUCGUCACAGUAUGACGAACGUAGAUAAACGAAUAUUGAAACAAAUUUUGACUAUUCAAGCAACUUACUCAGCCAGGGGUGGCCAAGGCUCUACCCACCAGGGGACGCAUCUAACUCUAACUGCAAGCAAAUCAAAAGCUAAACUAGAAAUUUAAGCAAACUUUCUAAUUUAAUAUUUUUAAAAAUACAGUCGCACGGUCGUCGGCUAGAG